AUGUCUGAAGCGGAGCAGUGCAUCAUAUGCCUGGAUCCUCUGCCCCGUCCCUCGGCUGCCCUCCAAGCUCCAGCUGCCCUCACUGUAGCUGCGAGUGAUGCUGCUGCUGGUGUUUCUGGCGGCGAGCCCGCAUCCGCACCCGAGUCCGCGCCUAUUCCAACCACAACCUCCACAGCCUCAGAUGUUCUUGAGAAUGACACCAAUUAUCUGAACAUAGUUGCGUCACUUGACGGGUGUAAUCACAUUAUUCAUGAUGCAUGUAUUCGUUCCUGGGCUCAAAAGACAAACACAUGUCCCAUUUGUCGUAAUCCCUUCCAUUCAGUUCGAGUGUACAACGGGGUCGAUGGUACCGCCAUUUCGAAAUAUGAUGUCCAAGAUAAAAAACAGGUUGCUGAAUUCGAUGUAAGACAGUGGCUUGGCGAAAACCCCGAAGACGAAGAGGAGGAAGAGCAAGGCAACCCAUGUCCUAUUUGCAACUCUUCAGAGAGGGAGGAUGUUCUUCUCUUGUGCGACAGCUGCGAUGCAGCCUACCAUACGCAUUGUAUUGGUCUUGAGGCCAUUCCAGACGGUGACUGGUAUUGUAUGGAGUGCUCUCACCUCUUUCAACUGGUGGAAGAGCCAAGGACCACUGAAUCUGGCGAACAAUCUCCUCGUCCAUCGUACGUGCGACGUCCGAAUCCCCGAAACGUUCGUGGUUACCAUGUACGAACUCGAGCACGAUUAAGGCGAGCCCGUCGACAAGCUCGAAACGUCGAGUGGCAAGGCGCCUGGGGUCAGUUUUCCGGGCGGUUCUACGAGAUGAGCGACUUGGAUUUGGACAACCACGAUGAUGAAGAUGAGGAAUUGGAGCAAUACAGGAGAUUCCAGGAACUCGGGCGACGCGAACUCGAACGCUGGCAGCAAAGAAUGGAUAUUGCCCGCCGCCUGGGCGCUCGUGACGUGUUCAUAAACAACAUACCUUCUGCUAUUAGCGAACGGCUUCAGUCAGCACCAGAGCCAGUACAAGAAACGGCUGACGAAAGACGAGCCUGGGGCGCUUUGGAACGUGCUCGUGAAACGGAUGAACCCAGCACCACUUCUCGCAAGCGCAAAGCACGAUCUGUGACUGCGUCUCCGCGCGAACCCGUUCAAGAACCCGAAAGGAAGCUGAAGCGCCCUCGAACACGUCGCUUGCCCACCCAGAAUGGUGAAGGUUCAAGCUCCGUAUCUUCUCCAGCGCCGGCUGGGCCCUCGUCAACACGACCUGUUCCCAAUGGAUCGUCAUCGAGAAAUGGUACUGUCGACCAUAGCAGUAACGAUCCUCCCUUGGUUUCAUCACUACUGAAGGAACUCGAGCCUAGCAUCAUGUCUGAGGACGAGACAAUGACUACCAAUGGGUGGCGGCAUGCACCAGAGGCUUCAUCCCCAGCCCUCUCACCGGCGAUAUCUCCGUCCCCAUCAAAUUACAGUAGCCCACGGGCUCUUUCUCUUACCCCUCCUCCUAUGCCAAACUUCAACGGCCGACCAACUUCACCAACACUCUCGCUCAGCAGUACUAUUCAACCUCGUUACGCCCCCGCGAAUUACUCGCCUACUCGUUCAAACCGUGACCACAGCGACUCAGAGACGCGUUCAACCAGACCCCAUGCAAACUAUUCCCCGACUCAUACAAGCAAUGACCAGUCCGAUUCAGAGACACGCUUGGUGAAGGUCCCAGAGAGCCGACCGUUAGAACUACGACAACCACGGCCACGCCGUCCAUCUGAGGUACCAGCUCAAAAAGAGGAACAGCCGUCAGCAGACUCCAAUAUCACCCAGGAAGACAAGAUCAGCAUAAAUGAGAUUGUCAAGGGCGCAUUACGACCACACUGGCGGUCUAGAAAACUAACAACGGAACAAUACUCGGUUAUCAACAGAGAUAUUUCAAGAAAGCUUUAUGACGAGGUGAAAGGCGCGGCAUCAUUGAGCGAUGAAGCCCGACGGCAAUGGGAAAACAGAGCAACUAAGGAGGUUGCUCAAGCAGUUGCAGAAUUGUCUGCUUAG